AUGACCUUGGCUAUCCCAUCUGACGAAGUCUGUUCUGAUUCCCACCUGGUACCUGACUUUGGAUUGAACAGUCUACCCAGUAAACAUCUAAAUCUCCGGAAGGGCUUGCGUACCACGCAGAGGCGCCUCCUGUCUGCAGACCUAUCUCGUGCACCAGCUGUGCUGAGUGGACCACCAACCAGCACUCCUACAGGCAACCUGUGCAACUUUGGGCCUGACUCCCACUGUCCCACUCUCAGGGGAGUCCGGAACUUAGCCGCAAGGGAAGCCCUCUCUCCACUGGCCUGCAUCACCAGGUACGUGAUAAACGUCAUCACGGCUCGGCCAAACAGCCAAAGCCUGCACACCUGGAAGGAAGACCAUGUGAAGGUGGAAGCCCUGUCAGCGGUUAUGAAUAUUUAUCUGACUCAUUGUAUCAAUUCCUGAUGUUAUUGUUCAGAGGUAUGAUUGGGAAGAU